AUUUUGGGCUAGGAUUGGGAAGUCAACAACAACUUGGUGUGGGAUAUAAAAAAGGACAUGAUUGCCUCAGUCAUCACCUCUGUUGUCGUUGCUUUACAACCCCAUGCUUCCAUAUCUCUUAGUCGGCGGAGUAAAUGAAUCAUCAUCGGGCAGUUGCCGGUCUUAUUAUAUUUCUUCUGUUCUCUGUCGGUAAUUUCACCGCCGUUCCACAAAUCCGGCGAAAGCCUCAAGUCACAGGAGGUCUAUGCGCUCACCUCAUACAAUCUGCAGGUUUCCCUUGCACAGAGCACCAGACUAAGACAAAGGAUGGUUUCCUCCUUGGACUUCAACGUGUGUCAUCUCGCUCAACAAUUGUCAGAGGAGAAAUGGGUCAUCCAGUUCUGCUCAUCCAUGGACUCUUCAUGGCAGGUGAUGCAUGGUUCAUGAAUUCUGCUAGUCAGUCAUUGGGCUUUAUCCUUGCUGAUCAAGGUUUUGAUGUCUGGGUUGGAAAUGUGCGUGGCACACGUUGGAGUCAUGGGCAUGUAUCUUUAUCAGUGAAAAAUAAGGAAUUUUGGGACUGGAGCUGGCAAGAGUUGGCUCUUUAUGAUCUUGCAGAAAUGAUUCGAUAUGUAAAUAAGAUCACUAAAGCAAAAAUUUUUGUAGUAGGACAUUCACAGGGAACAAUCAUGUCUCUUGCUGUUUUUACUAAGCCAGAUAUUGUGGAUAUGGUCAAAGCUGCAGCACUCCUUUGCCCUAUAUCAUAUUUGGAUCACAUCACCUCUGAUUUUGUGCUUAGAUUAGUCAAAAUACGUCUUGAUGAGGUAAUUCUUGCGUUGGGGAUCCAUCAACUUAAUUUUAAAAGUAAUAUGGGAACUCAAAUCAUGGAUAUGAUGUGCGAUGGGCAUAUUCACUGUGACAUCUGGCUUAGUGCUAUUACAGGCAAGAAUUGUUGUUUCAAUGAUUCACGGAUUGAUUUCUAUCUUGAAUACGAACCUAACCCAUCAUCCUCGAAGAACUUGCAUCAUCUCUUUCAGAUGAUCCGUAAAGGGAGUUUUGCUAUGUAUGAUUAUGGAAUGUGGAAGAACCUCAUGCGCUAUAAACAACCAAAGCCCCCAGUAUUUGAUAUCAGCCAGAUCCCCACAUCAUUGCCAUUGUGGAUGGGUUAUGGGGGCAAUGAUGCGUUAGCAGAUGUCAUUGACGUCCAACAUACACUAAAGGGGUUGAAAUCCAAGCCAGAUCUGCUUUAUAUUGAGGAAUAUGGUCAUAUUGACUUCCUCCUGAGUACAAGGGUAAAAACAGAUGUUUAUAACGAUAUGAUUAGAUUUUUCAGUUCUGUACAAAAGGUUAGCAGUUUUAAAUAGUGGCUGAUUAGUAUGUCUCAUGUGUGGUGGCCCUGGCCUCUUCCUUGUCCAUACUCUAUAGUCUUGUACAUAGGAUGAUGAUGUAGCUCGUGCUACCUCUUCGGAUCCAAAUAGUUUCUGGCAAAUAAAGUGUGUAUAUAAAUCAUUACCAAUCAUUGUUGUAAAAGUGUGGUUUAAAAGUGUGCAGCUCUAUCAGUUCAGUUUUUAGGCAAACGCUACUUCCCAAACA